GCACGCCCUCGUCAUCUACUUCUCCUUUUUCCUCUUAUGCCACCGCAUACCCUCUCUCAGUCUAUCUGCUGCGUUCUUUUGGAUUUGGAGUGGAAAUGGCUCUAUAUUUGAGUACCGUGUGUUCCAGCCCCUCAAGACUAUGCACAUCCCAUGCAGUUCCACCCAGAGCCAUAGCUUCAGGAAGCAGUCUUGCAUUGAGAAGUGAGGAAGAGCAGAAGGUAAAGCUUGGUGGGUCCGGAUUGAUGGUCACCAAGCUUGGAAUUGGGGCCUGGUCUUGGGGUGACACCAGCUACUGGAACAAUUUUGAAUGGGAUGAUAGAAAAAUGAAGGCUGCAAAAAGUGCAUUUGAUGCUAGCCUCGAUUGUGGAAUUACACUCUUUGAUACAGCCGAGGUUUACGGAUCAAGGUUCUCAUUGGGCGCAAUGAAUUCUGAAACUCUACUUGGGAGAUUUAUGAAGGAAAGAAAAGAGAGGAGUCCAGAUGUGGAGGUGGCUGUCGCAACCAAGUUUGCAGCAUUGCCAUGGAGGCUUGGCCGUCAAAGUGUCCUUGCAGCCCUCAAGGCUUCCUUGGCUCGCCUUGGACUCUCUUCAGUUGAACUCUAUCAGCUCCAUUGGCCUGGAAUAUGGGGAAAUGAAGGAUCUUCGAACCAAACAACCUGUUAAGGUAAUCUUGCAAAUCCCUACUCUGAUGUUACCAUACAGGAGGUUAACCUACCCAAGGUAAGCUUUCAUUUGUAUGGACCAAACACCCUUAGAAGCUAAUAAUCUAUUAUGCUCCAAAGUAGAAAGAAACCAUUUUCCAAUUCUUUUCAGGUUAUAUUGAUGGUUUAGGAGAUGCAGUGGAACAAGGCCUUGUUAAAGCUGUCGGAGUAUCUAACUACAGUGAAAAGCGCCUUCGAAAUGCAUACAUGCAGCUUAAGAGAAGGGGUAUACCCCUAGCGUCAAACCAAGUGAAUUACAGCCUGAUAUACAGAUUACCAGAGGAGAAUGGUGUGAAAGCUGCCUGUGAUGAACUAGGAGUCACUUUAAUUGCAUACUCACCCAUUGCUCAAGGUGUUCUUACUGGAAAGUAUAGUCCAGAAAAUCCGCCAACAGGUCCUCGCGGACAGAUUUAUACUCCCAAGUUUUUAACCCAAUUGCAACCAUUGAUAACCCGAAUAAAGGAGAUAGGAGGAAGCUACAAACGAACUCCAACGCAG